UCUGGCAUUGAUGCUACACACCGCUAGCAGUUAGCUGCUAACAGCUAGCAGCGUCCGAGUCAGCUGACGUCCUCACAUGACUGGCUCGUCUGCUUUGGACAGGUCGGCUGCAAGAGAACACCUUCGGAGAACCCGCUUGGUUCCGUCAUGUCGGAUUCUGUUCCUUAAGGGAGACGAUAGGUGACAAAGUGCAAGUAGCUAGCUGCGUCCGAACGGACGAACAAGAAGCUCAACCGAGCCGCUGAACCGCCGCCUUGCUCGAUGUUCCGGUAACUUCACGUCCAGGAAGUGGUGACCAUCCUUCACAAUGAGUCCGGAAGGGAAGAAGCUGAUGAACAUCGUCAUCCUCGGCGUGGGCUUCAUGUUCAUCUUCACCGCCUUCCAGACUUGCGGCAACAUCGAGCAAACCGUCAUCAAGAGCUUCAACAGCACCUCCUUCCACGCUAGCGGAUACACCAGCAUGUCCAUCAUCUACGGCGUUUUCUCCGCGUCCAACCUGUUGGCGCCCUCCAUGGUCGCCGUGAUCGGACCGCAGCUCGCCAUGUUCUUCAGCGGCCUUCUGUACAGCGGCUACAUCGCCAUGUUCGUGUAUCCGUACACCUGGAGCUUCUACACCGCGUCCGUGCUGGUGGGCAUCGGCGCCGCAGUCUUGUGGACGGCUCAGGGCAACGUGCUCGCCAUCAACUCCGGCGAACAAACCAUCGGAAGGAACAGCGGCCUCUUUUGGGCUCUGCUGCAGUCCAGCUUGCUGUUUGGAAACCUCUACAUCUUCUUAGCCUGGCAUGGACACGAGCACAUCUCAGACAAAGACCGCCAGACGGUGUUCAUCUCGCUGACCGUCAUCAGCCUGGUGGGCUGCUUCCUCUUCUUCCUGAUCCGCAAGCCCGACCCGGACGCUGACGCCGCUCCUGGCGAGCCACCGGAGGUGCUGCUGCAGACAGAGUCCAGCGAGGACACACUCAGGUGGUCCUGCUCAGUCCUCUGCUCGCAAGCUCUGGACGCUUUCGUGCAGGCAUGCAAGCUGUUGGCCACCAAGGAGAUGCUGCUGCUCAGCCUGUCCAUCGCCUACACAGGUUUGGAGCUCACCUUCUACAGCGGCGUGUACGGCACGUGCGUCGGCGCCAUGACACGCUUCGGUCAGGACGCUAAGAGUCUGAUCGGAAUCUCGGGCAUCUGCAUCGGCCUGGGGGAGAUCUUAGGCGGAGGCGUGUUCGGGUUGCUGGACAAGUGCAACCGCUUCGGGAGGAGCCCGGUGGUGCUGCUGGGCCUGGUCACUCACUACGUGGCGUUCUACCUCAUCUUCCUCAACAUCGCCAACGACGCUCCGCUGGCGCCCGAGUCGGGGACCGACCUGCGGGCCUUCCUGGAGCCCAGUGUGGGCGUGGCCUUGCUGUGCAGCUUCCUGUUGGGUUUCGGCGACAGCUGCUUCAACACGCAGCUCCUCAGCAUCGUUGGCUUCACCUUCAGAGACAACAGCGCCCCCGCCUUCGCCAUCUUCAAAUUCAUCCAGUCCAUCCUGGCAGCGUUGGCGUUCUUCUACAGCAACUUCCUGUUGCUGCACUGGCAGCUGCUCAUCCUGGUGGUCGUCGGCUUCCUGGGCACGCUCACAUUCUUCUCGGCCGAGCGACAUGCACGCUCCACCUGCCGGGACUCGGACUACGACAGCAUCUGAUGGCGAGGGGCGUGUCUAGAGACCAGAAGCUGGAUUUUGUCACGCUGAGGCAUGAUGGGAACAGUCUUCUUGCACUUCAAGAAGGGAAUCUGAGCUGCUUUGCACUUUCACUUUCUGUUUGAACGCAUCACCUCCUGUUUGUUUAAACGCGUCACUUCCUGUUUGUUGUUGAUGCCAAGAAGGGAAAAGACCAACAAAGCCAAUUGAAGUUUCCAAUAAAUAUGAAGAAAACAUA